GUUUUCACUUACUUCACUAUCUAGGUGGCAGAGGUUAAAGGUAGCUGCAAGUGUCUCCAUCCGAAGUCAUUCUCUAGUGAUGUCCUUUUACUCAAAGUUGGUAGACACGUUGUCCUAGCACACCUGAAGCUGUACUUGUACAUCAGCAUGGUGAUUUUAAAAGCAAACAUUUCACUUAUGUGGACCGUUGGAAUUCAGCUGCAGUGGUAUCGCUAGCUUGCUAGUAGCAGACUUCACAUCUGCUAGCUAGUUUCAUGGGCUGGUGGCAACAAUAACUUGCCAGGUAUAGGGUGAGUAAACAAGUCAUUGUUUGUGAAACUUGAUUAUUUGGUGAGAAUAUCGUUAUUAGCUGCUGUCUAUGUUGGACACCUUUAUUCUCUGAAAGUAGUUUCGCACAAGUUGACCCGCUAACAUCAUUGCUUGGUGUUUAGCCAAACAGACUGGACGAGCUAACUUGAACUAGCACUUCGUGCAGUAUUAGUUUCGGUUAAGCCAUUUGUAAGCCGCGAGGAUGUUACCGAGCCUCAGCAGGAACUCUGUGGAGCAGUGAUUUCACCUCCGUCAAAGAUCCUGAUUGUACAUUUUAAUGGGAGGCGAGCUGCUUUGCGGUGCAAGCCGUGGGCGAUAUUUGUGGAAACGCAGGAGGUGUCACCGUCCUGAAUGGAGUCGUUGGCCGGGUAUGUUUACAAAGCGGCUAGCGAGGGCAGAGUCUUGACACUAGCCGCACUGCUGCUCAACCACUCGGAAUCGGAAACGCGCUACCUGCUCAACUAUGUCACCCACCUGGCGGGUCAGCGCUCCACCCCGCUCAUCAUCGCUGCCCGGAAUGGACACGAGAAAGUGGUGCGUUUCCUGCUGGAUCACUAUCGAGUGGACACCGAACAGACGGGCACUGUAAGAUUUGAUGGGUACGUGAUCGAUGGCGCCACUGCCCUGUGGUGUGCGGCUGGUGCGGGCCACUUCGAGGUGGUCCAGCUGCUGGUGUCUCACAGUGCCAACGUCAACCACACCACGGUCACCAACUCCACCCCGCUGCGUGCCGCCUGCUUUGACGGCCGCCUGGACAUUGUGCGCUAUCUGGUUGAACACAAGGCUGACAUCAGCAUCGCCAACAAGUACGACAACACCUGCCUCAUGAUUGCCGCGUACAAGGGCCACGCCGAUGUAGUCGGCUUCCUACUGGAGCACGGGGCCGACCCCAACGCUAAGGCGCACUGCGGGGCAACGGCGCUGCACUUUGCGGCCGAGGCGGGCCACCUGGACAUCGUGCAGGCGCUGGUGCGCCGGCACGCCAGCAUGGCGCUCAACGGGCACGGCAUGACGCCCCUGAAGGUGGCCGCCGAGAGCUGCAAGGCGGCCGUGGUGGAGCUGCUCCUGCAGCACACGGACUGCGACGCAGAGAGCCGCGUGGAGGCCCUGGAGCUGCUCGGCGCCUCCUUCGCCAACGACCGCGAGCACUACGACAUCGACAAGACCUACCACUAUCUCUACCUGGCCAUGAUGGAGCGCAGCAGGGACCCGCGCCGGCCCAUGCCCAAGCCCGCCGCGCCCGUGGUGCCAGCCUACGGCGGGCGCGGCGAGUGCCAGACUUUGCAGGAGCUGGAGGCCAUCCGGCACGACCACGACGCGCUGCACAUGGAGGGCCUGAAGGUGCGGGAGCGCGUGCUGGGCUCGGAGAACAUUGACGUGUCGCACCCCAUCAUCUACCGCGGCGCCGUCUACGCCGACAACAUGGAGUUUGACCGCUGCAUCAAGCUGUGGCUGCACGCGCUGCACCUGCGCCAGCGCAGCAACCGCAGCACGCACAAGGACCUGCUGCGCUUCGCACAGGUGUUCUCCCAGAUGGUGCACCUCAAGGAGCAGGUGGCUGCCGGACACAUGGAGCAGGUGUUGAGCUGCAGCGUGCUGGAGAUUCAGCGCAGCAAGUCGCGCGUGGAGACGUCGACGGAGCCCGAGGUCCCCGUGGCCGUCGACACCUACGAGCUCAACAUCUUCACCUUCCUCUACCUGCUGUGCAUCUCGACGCAGACGCAGUGCAGUGCCGACGAACGCGGCCGCAUCAACAAGCACAUCUACCGGCUGCUGCAGCUGGACCCGCGCUCACGCGAGGGCUCCACGCUGCUGCACCUGGCCAUCAGCGCCAGCACGCCGGUGGACGACUUCCACACCAACGACGUCUGCAGCUUCCCGAACGCCCAGGUGACGCAGCUGCUGCUUGACUGCGGCGCGCAGGUGAACGCGGUGGACAACGAGGGCAACAGCCCGCUGCACAUUAUCGUGCAGUACAACCGGCCCAUCAGUGACUUCCUGACGCUGCACGCCAUCAUCAUCAGCCUGACGGAGGCCGGCGCGCACACCGACAUGACCAACAAGCAGAAGAAGACGCCGCUGGACAAGAGCACCACCGGCGUGUCGGAGAUCCUGCUCAAGUCGCACAUGAAGAUGAGCCUCAAGUGCCUGGCCGCGCGCGCCGUCCGCCAGCACCAGAUCACCUACCGCAACCAGAUACCGCGCACCCUGGAGGAGUUUGUGGAGUUCCACUGAGACUGACGACUCCCUCCCUCCCUCCUCCAUCUCUUCCGUUUCCUCCAGUUGCAGAGGUCAUACUGCUGACUCUGACCCCACACUGGCUGUGGAGCUCCUUUUUGGUGUGUGUGUGUGUGUGUGUGUGUGUGUGUGUGUGUGUGUGUGUGUGUGUGUGUGUGUGUGUGUGUGUGUGUGUGUGUGUGUGUGUGUGUGUUGUGUACAUGCGUGAUGGUUGUGUUUAUGUUGUUGCUCCAUCUCAUCUGGAGAACAGGGGACUAUACUACAAAGCUAGUUCAGGAUAAGUUAGGGUUAAGUAAAGAGGUAAAGUCUUAAGAAAAUGAGGAUUCCAUGCUCCUCUAUUAGAUGAUGUACGUCUAAACUUAACCUUAACUUGUCCUGAACCAGCUUUGUAGUAUAGGCCCCUGCUGCGUGCAUGCGUGUGUUUCCCAUGUGGAGAACUGGACCUGCUGUGGGAAUGUCUCCUCUGGUACAGCUGAUGGUUGCCCAGCACAGCACAGCACAGCACAGCACAAGACGCCACAGACAGCUAGCUGGAUGCUUUUCGGGACAGGUGUCACAAUGAUUGUCUUUUCUUAUAUUUAGAAGACUUCGGAAGAUUUUUAUUUAAAAACAAAAGUUUAUUAAAUUAUAGAUUUAACAGGAAAUCAAAUUUUGCCAUGGGGUGUUUUGCUGUGUGAAUGUGUGUGUGUGUGUACGUGCGUGCGGGUGCGUGUGUCUGUAAGGGGGGCGGGGAUUGAGCAUGUGAGUAUUUAGGAGUCAGUGGGAGGUAAGCCUUCGACUCGGGUGUCGGUGCUGAUCUCUCUUUAAACUUUGUGGGUGUGUGUGUGUAUGUGUGUGUGUGUGUGGCCUCUGAGGCACCGCCAACAGCACUAGAGGUCUUUAUGUGGACUAGUGUGUGUGUGUGUGUGUGUGUGUGGCGUGUGGAAACCUGUGGUCUGCAUUGCAUAUGUCAAGAGUUUCUUAUCCCUUCUCUGCCAUGGCGCUUUGACAGGCCUAGAGAUUGAUUGAUUGAUUGAUUGUACAGUCUGAAUGUUAAAACCAGGAGAUUACAGAGGCAUCAUUGGGCAGGGGGAGACACAUGAUUGGUUCGGACGAGUCUGAUGAGACAUGAUUGGCCAAGAUCUUUUUUUAAACAGUUACCCGAUUGGACGGAAGCAGCUGUCACUCUUUUACCGUCUCGCCUGUAGGGGCCGGCCUUACAUGGCUAUUUAUUAGACUCGUUCCUGACGAAGCAGUGCUGCUUUUGCUAGGAGGUGGGCAUGUGCACUUUGCCAGUUUGAUGCAUUCUGGUUAGAAUUUUCUUACCACAAUGCAUCAAGCUGGUAAAGUGCGCAUGCUCGCUGCUUAGCAAAAGCAGCACUGCUUCGACACGAACGAGUCUAUUGCUAACUCUUGGGUUUGCUAAUGUGGCUAUUUAUUGCUAACUCCUGGGUUUGCUCGUACAGCGAUUUUUGUUUUUAUCUCUUGUGUUUGCUUUGGUUUGCCUGAUCUUUUUCAUGGGACCUUGUAACUUAUACUGACCUUAAAUGAAAUGAUGCAAAUAAUAGUUUUUAAUUCUAUGGUUUGACCACCAAAGGACAUAUUAUUAUUUUUUGUUUUGUUUAUACACAGUACAUGAUCCUGACAUUGCCAAACUCUCUCACCAGUUGUCAGGCUGGUCAGGUUUUGUCACGAGGAGAUUGAUGACUUGUUUCUGUACUUUUUGACAUUGAGGCCCAGUGGCGAUUUUAAUCUGGUGCUGCAGAAAUGUAUUGUCACACUACAAAUGUUUUGUUUUUUUAUCAAUAAAAACAAGAAUAAAUCA